GUUGCGGCCUCCUCGGUGCCCGCUGCGAGUGUUGUCACGCUUGUUGCUGGCAGCACACCUGUUGCAACAUUUGCCACCAGUCCUCUUCGGACUGUCUCAGCGCCCGUUCCGCCCGAGUCUGCAGCUACCGAUUUUAUUGGUGAUACUACUACUACUACGGUUCCAGCUGCUGUAUCCUGCACUGACGCGCCUGCCGCAAAGCUUUACACCGUUCCACCGGCUUUCCCUUCUCCUCCUCCCGCGUACUCGUCUGAUAUCGAGGAGACCGAAGGCGUAACGCGUGGUAAGAAGGAGACCAAGAUGCCUUAA